AUGGCUGCUGAAAUACCUGAGAAGCUGGCCGAGGGAGCGACCUCGGAGCCCUCCACGGGCUCUGGCGAUGCCAACAUUGUCAAUCAUUCAGUGGUCAUAGAAGACAUUUCGCCAAAGGCUGAUUCCACUGAUACUAACAAGGUAGAGUCAGAGGAAACAGGCGACCGUGGACCACUGGAGCCUAAGAAACCAGAUCUUAUAAAGGCAGAUGACGAUAAAGCAAGAGAAGAGGAUCCAGCAACGGAAGAGUCCGAGAAGCUAGGUGUUGGAAGGUCGGAUUUUGAGAAGUCAGACCUUGUAAAGGCCGAUUCCGAGAAAGAAGAAAUUGCGAAAUCAAAUUCCGACAAGCCACAUAUCGAAGAAAUAGACCACAGUUCAUCAGAUCCAGAGAAAGCCGCCAUGGUGAAGGCAGAUCUUGAAAAAUCGGAUCCUAAGAAAGAAGAACUUGAGAAAGCGGACCCUGAGAAGCCAGACCCAGAAGCCAACGCGGAACUCGACGCCGACUCAAACGGAAAGAAGAAAAACAAGGCCAAAACGGAAAAAAAGCAAAAGCCUUCCAAGGAACCUGAAGUCAAAGAAGACCCCGAAGAACCUUUUCGACACCUGCCCGACAAUGAAGCUGAAAUUCUCAAGAGGCAAGCCCUGACGCCCGAUUUGAAACAUGGAGUUGCUGCCCUCUACCGAUAUACUACUGGCCUUGACAUCUUCAUCAUGAUCAUUGCGUCUGUCUGCUCCAUUGCCAACGGCGCCGCUCUACCCCUCAUGACUCUGCUAUUUGGUGGCCUCCAAAAGACUUUUUCCGAGUUCACAGUAGGCCAGAUCGACAAAGGAGAACUCAGUUCUCAGCUUGCUAAAUAUGUACUCUACUUUGUGUAUCUCGCCAUCGGCCAAUUUGUCGUCACUUACAUCGCAACGGUAGGGUUCAUCUACGUGGGCGAGAACAUUUCCACUAGAAUCCGAGAGCAUUAUCUUGAAAGCUGUCUGCGUCAAAACAUUGGUUUCUUCGACAAAAUUGGCACUGGAGAAAUUGUGACUCGUAUCACUUCCGACACUAACACUAUACAAGAUGGAAUUUCUGAAAAGGUGUCAAUUACGAUAGGAGCUAUUUCGACUUUUGUAACCGCCUUUGUUAUUGCCUUUGCCAACUACUGGAAACUCACGUUGAUCCUUGCGAGCGUCAUCAUCGCCAUUCUCCUCAAUGGAGCCCUGUUCUCUAGCUACAUGCUUAAGAACGGCACACAGUCCAUCGUAUCGUCUGCCCUUGGUGGUGGUCUAGCAGAUGAAGUCCUCAGCUCCGUGAGGACUGCAGUCGCUUUUGGGGCUCAAGACCGAUUGUCUAACCAGUAUAAUGAACAUCUGAAGAAGGCCGAGUAUUUUGGCUUCAGGCUCAAAUCCGCCGUUGGAGUCAUGCUGGGCGGUAUCAUGUUCCUGCUUUACAUGAGUUAUGCUCUGGCUUUCUGGCAAGGCAGUGCUUUUGUUCUACGUGGCGAGCUCUCUCUCAAUCAAGCUCUGAUUGUCAUGAUGACUGUCAUAAUGGGUGCUUUCAACAUGACUAGCAUCGCACCCAACUUCCAAGCUUUCAUCUCUGCUGUUAGCGCUGCAUCCAAAAUUUUCGAUACGAUUGACCGUGUUUCACCGAUUAACUCAGCAAGUGAAGAGGGUGAGACUAUUGACCAGGUUGAGGGUAAUAUCCGACUAGAGAAUGUCAAACACAUAUACCCAUCACGUCCUGGCGCUAUUGUAAUGGAGGAUGUCACCCUUGAUAUCCCUGCGGGAAAGACGACUGCCUUGGUUGGAGCGUCUGGAUCCGGCAAGAGCACAAUCGUCGGCCUUAUCGAGCGAUUCUACAAUCCCGUGGGAGGCACAUUGUAUCUUGAUGGACACGACAUCUCCAAGCUGAAUCUUCGUUGGCUUCGUCGCCAGAUUUCAUUGGUUAGCCAGGAGCCCACGCUGUUCGGAACGUCGAUUUUCGAGAAUAUUCGUUACGGCCUGGUUGGGACUGAAUUUGAAAAGGAAAGCGAGGAGAAGCAGCGUGAGAUGGUCAUUGCUGCUGCGAAGAAGUCUAAUGCUCAUGAUUUCGUCUCUGCUCUCUCGGAGGGCUAUGAAACUAAUGUUGGCGACCGAGGCUUCCUUCUCUCGGGUGGACAGAAGCAACGUAUUGCUAUUGCGCGCGCCAUCGUUAGCGACCCAAAAAUUCUCCUUCUUGAUGAGGCAACAUCAGCCUUGGAUACGAAAUCUGAGGGCAUCGUGCAGGCUGCGCUGGAGGCUGCUUCGGCUGGUCGAACUACAAUCAUCAUUGCUCAUAGGCUCUCAACUAUCAAGGACGCCCAUAACAUUGUUGUCAUGUCUCAAGGCCGGAUUAUAGAGCAGGGCACCCACGACGAGCUGGUAGAGAAAGGGGCCGCUUACCACAAGUUGGUAUCUGCUCAGAAUAUUACCGCGGCCCAAGGCCUCACCAGCGAAGAGCAGGAACUUAUCGAUGACCACCAGGAGGCGCUGAUCAAGAGGCAAUCAAAGAUCGAAGACAGUGAAAUAUUUAGUGCCGAGGGUGGCAAUAAAGAGGCCAAGUAUAGUAUCUGGUCUCUGAUUGCGUUCAUUGCCAAGUUCAACCGCAAUGAAUGGAAGCGCAUGUCGGCGGGUCUCUUCUUUUCUAUUCUCUGCGGCGGCGCCAGUCCCAUCUCUGCUGUGUUCUUUUCCAAAGAGAUUGUCACUUUGACAAAUGCUCUUCUCCCGAAUGCCAAUAUUGAUCAGAUUCGACAUGAUGCAUACUUCUGGGCCGUCAUGUUCAUCGUACUGGCUGUUGGCAUACUCAUCAGCUACUCUGGCCAAGGGAUUGCAUUUGCGUCAUGCUCUGAGCAUCUUAUCCAUCGCAUUAGGGACCAAUCUUUUAGGACGUUUCUUCGGCAGGACAUCUCUUUCUUUGAUAGAAAGGAGAACUCGGCAGGUAUCUUGACGGCAUUCUUAUCAACUGAAGCCAACAAUAUUGGAGGUCUUAGUGGUUCCGCUUUGGGAACAAUCUUGUUGACGCUUUCUACUCUUUUCUCCUCGAUGAUUAUGGGGUUGGCUCUUGGAUGGAAGCUAGCACUUGUCUGUACGGCAACCAUACCAGUCUUGUUGGCUUGUGGCUUCUUCCGUUUUUACUUGCUGCUUCGGUUCCAGAGCAGGGCAAAGGAUGCAUACGCGGCGUCUGCCGCAUAUGCCUCCGAAGCUAUCUCGUCCAUUCGCACCGUUGCGUCACUUACUCGCGAGCAAGAUAUUAUACACAUGUAUCGUGAGGACAUUGCGGCUCAAAGACGCAAAGGUUUGAAGUCGGUGCUAUCAUCAAGCGCCCUCUAUGGAGCCGCUCAAGGUGCAUCGUUUCUCUGCUUUGGCCUUGGAUUCUGGUAUGGCGGUACUUUGCUCGCCACCAGAGAGUACGACUUAUUCACCUUCUUCGUCUGCUUCAUGGGCAUCAUCUACAGCGCGCAGGCGGCAGGAAGUAUCUUUUCGCUUGCGCCUGAUAUGGGCAAAGCUCAUGCCUCAGCCCUGGCGUUGAAGAAGCUCUUUGAACGGACACCAAAAAUUGAUGCCUGGUCAAAGGACGGCCAGCGCAUAGCAGAGGGCGAUAUCCAAGGCACAGUGGAGUUCCGUGAUGUGCACUUCCGUUAUCCGACCCGGCCAGAUCAACCUGUCCUCCGAGGCCUUAACCUGACGAUUAAGCCUGGCCAGUACGUCGCCUUGGUUGGCGCUUCUGGAUGUGGCAAGAGCACGACUAUUUCACUGCUAGAGCGAUUCUACGAUCCCUUAUCUGGUGGCGUCUUUGUUGAUGGCCAGGACAUUGGCACCCUGAAUGUUAGCAACUAUCGAUCGUUUGUUUCACUUGUGAGCCAAGAGCCGGCACUCUAUUCGGGAACGAUCAAAGAAAACGUUCUUCUUGGCACGCCUGAGGAGGAUAUCUCAGAGGAGCGGCUGGAACACGUCUGCCGUGAGGCUAACAUCUAUGACUUCAUCAUUUCACUUUCUGAUGGGUUCAACACGUUUGUUGGCAGCAAGGGUGGCUUACUCUCUGGUGGCCAGAAGCAACGUAUUGCUAUCGCCCGGGCCUUGAUUCGCAACCCUAAGAUCCUGCUCCUGGAUGAAGCCACGUCUGCCCUUGACUCUGAAUCUGAAUUUGUUGUCCAAGAGGCUCUUGAUAAGGCUGCUGCUGGACGCACCACGAUUGCGGUUGCGCAUCGUCUGAGCACGAUUCAGAAAGCAGACGUUAUUUACGUGAUUGACCAAGGCCGUGUUGCUGAGUCUGGAACCCAUCAGGAACUGAUGAGGAAGAACGGUCACUACGCUGAACUGGUCAAUCUGCAAAGCUUGGCAACGAGUUCGUAA